GUCUACGCGUGACGUCACCGGCGGCCGCGGACAGGAAGAGGCUCUGGGGUGGCACAUGUGUAUGGCGGCGCGGCGGGCGGGUACAUGGCGGGCUCUGUGGGACUGGCGUUGUGCGGGCAGACGCUGGUGGUGCGGGGCGGCAGCCGAUUCCUGGCCACCUCCACUGCAAGCAGUGAUGACGGCCCCUUCAUCUAUGACUGCAGUGCUGCAGAACAGAAGCCACAAGAAAAUAAAGGGGAGGACGCGCCCUUGGUCCAGGGGAGCGGUGUGAUUCUGGCGUCCACCUUCUCCAAGUCUGGCAGCUAUUUUGCUUUAACUGAUGACAGUAAGCGUCUGAUUCUUUUCCGUACAAAACCAUGGCAAUGCCUGAGUGUCAGGACGGUGGCGAGGAGGUGUACGGCCCUGACCUUCACAGCCUCUGAGGAGAAGAUCUUGGUGGCCGACAAGUCUGGAGACGUGUACUCCUUUUCGGUGCUGGAGCCUCACGGAUGUGGCCAGCUAGAGCUGGGGCACCUGUCCAUGCUGUUGGAUGUGGCUGUGAGUCCGGAUGACUGCUUUAUCCUCACUGCCGACCGGGACGAGAAGAUCCGAGUCAGCUGGGCCGCCGCACCCCACAGCAUCGAGUCCUUCUGCUUGGGACACACAGAGUUUGUGAGCCGCAUCUCCAUGGUGCCCACUCAGCCUGGGCUGCUGCUGUCCUCCUCUGGGGACGGCACCCUGAGGCUCUGGGAGUACAGGAGCGGCCGCCAGCUGCACUGCUGUCACCUGGCCAGUCUGCAGGAGCCGGUGGACCCCCAGGCCCCCCAGAGGCUGGCCGCGUCCAGGAUUGCAUUCUGGUGCCAGGAGAACUGCGUGGCGCUCCUGUGCGACAGCACUCCUGUGGUCUACAUCUUCCGGGUGGAUGCCGGCAGACAGCAGCUGGUGGACAGGCAGCAGUUGGCGUUCCAGCACCAAGUGUGGGACGUGGCUUUUGAGGAGACCCAGGGACUGUGGGUGCUUCAGAACUGCCGGGAGGCCCCCCUGGUGCUCUGCAGACCUGUGGGCGGCCAGUGGCAGUCUGUCCCUGAGAGCGCCGUGUUAAGGAAAGUCUCUGCUGUUCUUCAUAGGAACUGGGCCAUGAUGGAAGGCUCUGCCAGCGUGGACGCCAGCUUCAGCAGUCUCUACAAGGCCACCUUCGACAAUAUGACCUCCUACCUGAGAAAGAAAGAGGAGAGGCUGCAGCAGCAGCUGGAGAAGAAGAGGCGCCAGAGUCCCCCGCCUGGGCCCAACGGGCAGGCCAAGAAGAUGAGGCCGGGGGAGACGGCCUUGAGUUGCUGAGCGUCGCAGUCGGUGGGGCCUCUCACCUCGAGUCAGGAAAAGCGUUUUCACUUGUUCCCCUGCAUCUUGGUGUCUCCCUUCAAGAAAAAAAAGGUGACGUCAGCUGCGAUCAGCUCAGAGGAUGGGACUGUCCCCUGGGCUCCAGAAAGAACAUUCUGUGUCACCAGGCACAGGCGCUUGCUCGGUGCCUGUGCCCCGUUUCUGGCUGAAGGGAAGCCAGACCGGUGGAGGGGAAGAUCUUGAAGUGCUUUGUUUUCAGGUCGGAGGCAGCGUGCACACCUGCGGUGGCAGCAGCUGUGUGUGGUUCUGCUGUUCUCCUACCCUGUUCAUAUCUGGCGCAUCUUCCUCUAGGAGCGUCUGCGGGCUGGCGUUUCUGGCACAGUGGACGUUUUCAUGCUGCCUCAGCGUCCAGGUGAUGCGCUGCCCCGCAGUAGCUGCUCGCCACACAGGCUGUUGAAACAGCACGAACAUUCAGCCCUAGCCCCAGCCCCAGCCAGACCCCCGUGCUCGGGAGCUGUUUCUGGAGAGUAGCUCUCGUGGGAAGUGCAGAAACGCGUUUUAGAGUCGCAGGGAGCUCUGUCAGGCAGCGCUGGCACAGAUGGUGAACUUCUUUCAGGAAUUCUGAGGAUGGGCCUGGCUGGCACCCGGUUUUAUAGGGAGGUGACUGAGGACGUUAUGAUUUGACUUGACCUUGGCACACGCUGCAGAGCCACAGGGAUGCUGCUGAAUUUCGGUCACCAAUCAGCAAGGAUAAACAUUCACAGCUUCUUAGAAAUGUUUAGCAGCAGAGCACGGCCAGCAAAGCAUCCGGUGUGUGCACUGUGUGAGUGGGGUGCGUGCACUGUGUGAGUGGGGUGCGUGCACUGUGAGUGGGGUGCGUGCACUGAGUGGGGUGCGUGCACUGUGUGAGUGGGGUGUGUGCACUGUGAGUGGGGUGCAUGCACUGUGUGAGUGGGGUGUGUGCACUGUGAGUGGAGUGCGUGCACUGUGUGAGUGGGGUGUGCACUGUGAGUGGGGUGCGUGCACUGUGUGAGUGGGGUGCGUGCACUGAGUGGGGUGUGUGCACUGACUGAGUGCGGUGUGUGCACUGUGAGUGGGGUGCGUGCACUGUGUGAGGGGUGUGUGCACUGAGUGCGGUGUGUGCACUGUGAGUGGGGUGCGUGCACUGUGUGAGUGGGGUGUGUGCACUGAGUGGGGUGCGUGCACUGUGUGAGUGGGGUGUGUGCACUGUGAGUGGGGUGCGUGCACUGUGUGAGUGGGGUGUGUGCACUGUGAGUGGAGUGCGUGCACUGUGUGAGUGGGGUGUGUGCACUGUGAGUGGGGUGCGUGCACUGAGUGGGGUGUGUGCACUGACUGAGUGCGGUGUGUGCACUGUGAGUGGGGUGCGUGCACUGUGUGAGGGGUGUGUGCACUGAGUGCGGUGUGUGCACUGUGAGUGGGGUGCGUGCACUGUGUGAGUGGGGUGUGUGCACUGAGUGGGGUGCGUGCACUGUGUGAGUGGGGUGUGUGCACUGUGAGUGGGGUGCGUGCACUGUGAGUGGGGUGUGUGCACUGUGAGUGGAGUGCGUGCACUGUGUGAGUGGGGUGUGUGCACUGUGAGUGGGGUGCGUGCACUGAGUGGGGUGUGUGCACUGACUGAGUGCGGUGUGUGCACUGUGAGUGGGGUGCGUGCACUGUGUGAGGGGUGUGUGCACUGAGUGCGGUGUGUGCACUGUGAGUGGGGUGCGUGCACUGUGUGAGUGGGGUGUGUGCACUGAGUGGGGUGCGUGCACUGUGUGAGUGGGGUGUGUGCACUGAGUGGGGUGCGUGCACUGUGUGUGGUGCGUGCACUGUGUGAGUGGGGUGCGUGCACUGACUGCGGUGUGUGCACUGUGAGUGGGGUGCGUGCACUGUGUGAGUGGGGUGUGUGCACUGAGUGGGGUGUGUGCACUGUGAGUGGGGUGCGUGCACUGAGUGGGGUGUGUGCACUGACUGAGUGCGGUGUGUGCACUGUGUGAGUGGGGUGCGUGCACUGAGUGCGGUGCGUGCACUGUGAGUGGGGUGCGUGCACUGUGAGUGGGGUGCGUGCACUGAGUGGGGUGUGUGCAUUGUGAGUGGGUGCGUGCACUGAGUGGGGUGUGUGCACUGUGUGAGUGGGGUGUGUGCACUGACAGUGCGGUGUGUGCACUGUGAGUGGGGUGCGUGCACUGUGUGAGUGGGGUGCGUGCACUGAGUGGGGUGCAUGCAUUGUGAGUGGGGUGCGUGCACUGAGUGGGGUGCGUGCACUGUGUGGUGCGUGCACUGUGUGAGUGGGGUGCGUGCACUGAGUGCGGUGUGUGCACUGAGUGGGGUGCGUGCACUGUGUGAGUGGGGUGUGUGCACUGAGUGGGGUGCGUGCAUUGUGAGUGGGGUGCGUGCACUGAGUGGGGUGCGUGCACUGUGUGUGGUGCGUGCACUGUGUGAGUGGGGUGCGUGCGCUGAGUGCGGUGUGCACUGUGAGUGGGGUGCGUGCACUGAGUGCGGUGUGUGCACUGUGAGUGGGGUGCGUGCACUGUGUGAGUGGGGUGCGUGCACUGUGUGUGGUGCGUGCACUGAGUGGGGUGUGUGCACUGUGUGGUGCGUGCACUGUGUGAGUGGGGUGCGUGCACUGAGUGCGGUGUGUGCACUGUGAGGGGUGCGUGCACUCUGUGGGGUGCGUGCACUGUGUGAGUGGCGUGCGUGCACUGUGAAUGCGGUGCGUGCACUGUGUGAGUGGGGUGCGUGCACUGAGUGGGGUGCGUGCACUGUGAGUGGGGUGCGUGCACUGUGAGUGGGGUGCGUGCACUGUGUGAGUGGGGUGCGUGCACUGUGUGAGUGGGGUGUGCACCGUGUGGUCUGGGAAGAGGCUUCUGGGUGUGUCAGGUCGUUCAUUGUGCAGACGCUCUCCAGUGCGGAAGUCUCCACCCAAGAAGAGCCGCGUGCUGCUGAUGACUUUCACAUGGGGUAUCGCAGGGGACUUAGAAUCCUUUUGUGUUUCAAAAGCUGGAAUGCUUCCAAUUUUUCAUAAGUGCCUUGUUUUCCUUUUAACAUUGACCUGGAAACAGUGCUGUCUGCAGAGCUGAGGCCCCCUCCUCUGCUGGGCAUCAGGGGUUUCAGAAUGGAGGGGCCGUGCUGGGCCACGUCCUCCUCUAGAACAGCCUGACCUGCAGGCUGCCGGGGCAUCUGGCGCAGGGAUGCCCUCUCAUUCGUAGUCCGCUUUGAAAGUCUUGGUUUUAGAAGUUGAGGUUGGUCUGGCCGUAUCAUCACUUUAGAUAGGGGCUCGCAGACAGGCCCGUGUGCUGAAUCCCACCCAUGGCCUGAUACAUGGCCUGUGAAUGGUUUUUUACAUUUUAAAAAUGGUUGAAAACAAAUAAAAAAUAUAUUUCAUGACAUGAAAA